AUAAACUCUUGAGAACAGGAAUAGAAUACACUGGAAAUCAUGAAGCAUGGGUAAUAAGAAAAUAUCUUGAAGCAUUAAAACCAUAUGGAUAUAUAUAUAAUGAAUUACAAGGAGAACAAAUAAAGAGACAAUAUAAAGGAGAACAUAUGACAUUACAAGAAAUGAUGAAUUAUGCAGCAUUAUUAGAAACAACAUUUAAACAAAGAGGACUUGAAGAAGAUUUUGAUAAUUUGAAAAUAAGUAGAGGAUUUGGAAAUAGGAGAAGGCCU